AUGAAUGAUAAACUCCAAGAAGAGCAUAACGAAAAAGACACCACUUCACAAAUUAAUGGUUUCACGCCGCCGCAUAUGAGUAUAGACUUUCAUUCAAAUAACAAUAGCAAUAUCAUCGAGACUAUUGGCGUUUCCAAAAGAUUAGGAAAUUCUGUAUUAAGUGAACUGGAUUCUAGAGCUAGCUCAAAAUUUGAAUUUUUAAAAGAUCAAUCCGAACAACAAUACAACGGCGACAAGAACAAUGAACCAAAAUCGGGCUCGUAUAAUAUUAAUGAGUUCUUCCAAGCAAAGCACGACUCUCAAUUUGGCCAGAUGGAGUCGCUAGACACACAUUAUACCCUUUUACAUACGCCCAAGAGAAAGUCACAACAUGCAAUCCCACAGGAUCGAUCGGAUUCGAUGAAAAGGUCGAGACCGUCCCGCUCAAUUCCAUACACUACACCAGUGGUAAACGAUAUCACAAGAAGAAUACGAAGAUUGAAAUUACGGAACUCAUUGGUUAAUGGUAAUGACAUAGUGGCUAGAGCGAGAUCUAUGCAAGCAAAUUCUAACAUUAAUUCAAUAAAGAACACACCAUUGUCAAAGCCCAAGCCAUUUAUGCACAAACCAAACUUUCUAAUGCCCACUACGAAUUCUUUGAACAAGAUCAAUUCCGCUCACCGUAAUACAUCCUCCUCUUCGACAGCUUCAUCGAUACCAAGAUCUAAAGUACACAGAUCGAUAUCAAUAAGAGAUUUACACGCCAAAACCAAACCGGUAGAACGCACGCCAGUUGCGCAAGGAACAAAUUCGCAAUUGAAGAAUUCAGUUUCCGUUUUUGAUAGACUUUACAAGCAAACAACGUUCUCUAGGUCGACGUCUAUGAACAACUUAUCGUCAGGAACCUCUGCAAAAUCCAAGGAACACACAAAUGUAAAGACUCGGUUGGUUAAAAGUAAGACAAGUGGUUCAUUGUCCAGUAACCUUAAGCAAAGUACUGCCACCGGCACAAAGAGUGAUAGACCUAUUUGGCGGUGA